AGGUAGAAACAGCUGCUCACCUGGUCAAGCUGUUGGACUCACCUGUUCAGAUCAAGACAACUUCAGGUUGGUGGGAGAGGCCAGCCGAUGUGCCGGGAGACUGGAGAUGUUACAUCAAGAAGAGUGGAGACCAGUGGAUGUUUGGUAUCAUUACUGGGACAUGAACUCAGCUGCUGCAGUUUGUGCUAAACUGGACUGUGGUUCUGCUGUUUCAGCAAGAAAUUCAGAGGAAGCUUCAAAGAGACCAGUUUGGGAGAUCUAUUCUGGCUGUUUCCAGUCAGGAUCUGCAUUAAAGAAAUGUUUACCUUAUGAUGAAAACAAUAAUAAGAGCCAUGAGGUCAUCUGCUCAGACUCAGUCAGGCUGGUUCAAGGGACCAACCGGUGCUCAGGCAGACUGGAGGUGAAGACCAACCAGUCGUGGUCCUCAGUGUGUGAAAAAGACUUUGACCUGCAGGAUGCAGAGGUGGUCUGCAGGGAGAUUGGCUGUGGGCCUCCUUCAGUCCACCAGGGGGCGCUCUAUGGAGAAGCAGAGGCUCCAGUGGGGAGCAGAGAGUUCCUGUGUGAAGGCAGUGAGUCUGCUCUGCUGAACUGCAGCAGCAGGAAGAGUUCAGGUAGAAACAGCUGCUCACCUGGUCAAGCUGUUGGACUCACCUGUUCAGAUCAAGACAACAUUAGGUUGGUGGGAGAGGCCAGCCGAUGUGCCGGGAGACUGGAGAUGUUACAUCAUGAAGAGUGGAGACCAGUGGCUGUUUGGUAUAGUUACUGGGACAUGAACUCAGUUGCUGCAGUUUGUGCUGGACUGGACUGUGGUUCUGCUGUUUCAGCAAGAAAUUCAAAGGAAGCUUCAAAGAGACCAGUUUGGAGGAUCAGGUCUGACUGUUUGCAGACAGGAUCUCCAAUAAAUAGCUGUGUACCUUCUGAUGGAAACAGUGAUCAGAGCCUUGAGUUCAUCUGCUCAGGUCUGCUGGUUGAGCCGCUCAUCUUCCUCUCUUCCUCCACUGACGGGGUCUCCACAGGCAGAAAGCAGGGGUCUGAGCUCCUCAUUGGCUCACGUUUCAGCAUCAUGUGCUCCAUCAGACCUCAGUAUGAAGGCGGCUCCUUCCAGCUCAUCUUCAGCACCUCUAACUACACUCAGAACCAGACCCUGCCAGCUGUUAAUCACUCCGCCCUCUUCCUGUUCUCUGCUGCUGGCCACGCCCACCAAGGAACCUACCGCUGCGUUUACCACGUCUACGUUUUCUCCUAUAACUUCUCCUCUAUCAGCCAGCCUCUCAACCUCACUGUCUCAGGCAAACUCAUGGAGUCCAUCAGGAAAAGUUCUGCUUCAGUUUCAGCCUCUCCCACUGCUUUGAUCAUCAGUCUGGUUGUCGUUCUGCUGGGUAUGCUGGGGUCAGUCCUGGUCCUCUACUUUAAGGCCAGGAGAAACCAGAAGUCUGGACCAGAAAACAACCAUCAUGAUGAAGGAUCCAGGGCUGAAGGCAGCUUAGAGGAGGAGACUGCAGUCUGAAGGAACCAGGAGAAAAUGAUCUUCAUUUCACAUCCGCAGGAAGGAGCAGAGACAUGUUUCAGACUCCUGGAAAUCUAUCCGUCUAUGUAUCUAUGAUAAAAUGUCUCUGUGCUCCUGCAGCAGGAAGGAAGUUCAACAUUCAGAAAUUUGUAUCUGGACUAAACCUACUUAAGUUAAACUUAUAUAAGAAGGGAACACAAAACAAAACAUUCAACAAACAAAAUAUAACAGAAAACCCACUUAAUCAAAAUCUGAUCUUCAUCAACCUUGCAAGGAUAGCAUAUGAUAGGAUAUUUGGGGUCAAAGGUCAGGUAGCCAAUUCCAUCAGGCCCUGAACCCAGCUUGUGUCCUUGUCUUAUUUGGGGUUCUGAAUUGUUGUGUGACUAAUGUAAUACAGUUGAUCCUAGCUUGUAA